AUACAAAAUCGAAACUAUUCUCAAGAGAAAAAUAAUAAAAAAGAAAUUGUGCUUGUCUUCCUUGCUUUGAGAACAUGAAUGUUCUUGGCGGUGGAGGCCAUGGCGGGUUUUGGGGUUGGAACCCUUCACCGAGAAAACCGAAACAACAAAGAAAAAGGCGAUUUGAUUCGAAAUCCCAGUCCUCCAAUUCUGCGGAGGCAUCCGGAGGAGCCGGUCACUGGUUCCCCUUAAAGCAAGCCGCCACAGCUGGCUCACUGGUUCUAACAGGAGACACAAUUGCUCAGCUCAGCCAGCGGUGGACAAAAGCCAAGGCUCUUAACCAACAGGAUGGAAAAGAUGCUCUCCUCUCAGAUCAUGAUUGGCUUCGGGCACUUCGGAUGACUUCCUAUGGGUUUCUUUUAUACGGCCCCGGUUCCUAUGCUUGGUACCAGUUUCUUGAUCAUUCUUUACCUGCGACAACUGUAGGGAACCUACUACUGAAGGUUUUAUUAAACCAAAUUGUGCUUGGUCCAACUGUGAUUGCUGUUGUUUUUGCAUGGAACAAUUUAUGGCAAAGGAAACUCUCACAGCUCCCGGACAAGUACCGGAGAGAUGCUUUUCCCACUUUACUUUAUGGAUUUAGGUUCUGGAUACCUGUCAGUUUAUUGAAUUUUUGGGUGAUACCUCUUCAAGCCCGUGUAGCUUUCAUGUCUGUGGGCUCAAUAUUCUGGAACUUUUGUUUGUCUUCAACUUUGAGCAAGUAAAAUCUGCGUAUUUUAGGUUAUUUUAUAUCAGCAAGCAGACUUGUUAAUCUGCAGGUCCGGCAUCUGGUACAUUCAAGAAGAAAAUGAGGACCAGAAGCACCUUUUUUAAUUGAAAUUCAUAUGCUUCAAAUUUAAAGACGAAUGAUUGUUGUAACAGCUUGGACCUGGUGAACUGAUCUUUUCCUGCUUGCCAAAAGAAAAAAAAACAGGAAAACUUGGUAAUUACUUGAUCGUUUGCAUAAUUUUUCAUUUGUGUAACUCAAACUGAAGCAUGUACAUUUUUUGAGAUGAAGAUCUUCAAAGCUAUUGUCACCUCCUAAUGGAGAUUGGAUUACAAUCA